AACUUGCUCUUCAACAUGGCGGCGUCAGCUAAGAAGAAGAAUAAGAAGGGGAAGACCGUUACUUUGACCGACUUCUUGGCGGACGAUAGUGGAGGCAGUGGCCCGGCUCCCAGUUACCCCGUCAAAACCACGAGCUGGGCUGAUGAAACAGAUGACUUGGAUGGAGAUGUGUCGACUUCGUGGCACACAGAUGAGGAUUCAUUCCGUGGCCGAGGCAUUGACCGGUCCAUCCUGCCCACAGCACCCCGUUCAGCUCGUGAGCCAAAUAUUGAUCGGUCCCGACUGCCCCGCAGUCCGCCGUACACUGCCUUUCUCGGGAACCUGCCCUAUGAUGUCACUGAAGAGUCAAUCAAAGACUUCUUCCGCGGUUUGGCAAUCAGUGCAGUGCGUCUGCCUCGUGAACCUAGCAACCAUGAGAGGUUGAAGGGCUUCGGCUAUGCAGAAUUUGAUGAUGUGGAUUCUCUCCUGAGGGCCUUAAGUCUCAAUGAGGAGAACCUGGGAAACCGAAGGAUCCGUGUGGAUAUAGCAGACCAGUCAAAUGAUAAAGAGAGAGACAGUGGAAUGAUGGGAGGUCGAGACCGUGGUGGGAGAAUGGGAGACAUGGGCCCCGACAAAACAGACAGUGACUGGAGGGCUCGGCCCAGUGCAGACACUGAUGAUGCGCCUCCCAGGAGAGAUGAUGCCUUUGGAGAGAGAUCACGGGAUCGCUAUGAGUCUGAUCGUUUCCGAGAUGGUCCACGCCGGGACUAUGACAGUGGAAGAGACCGCUACAGGGACCGCUAUGAUGAUAGAGACCGGCGAGAUUAUGAUAAAGGAGGUUAUGACUCUCGUGGUGGUGGAGGUCGUCGUGCCUUUGGCAGUAGCUUCCGCCGAGAUUAUGAUGAUAGUCGAGGUAGCAGCGACCGUUACGGCGAUCGGGAUCGUUUUGGGGACAGGGAUCGUUACAGUGAAGAUCGAUAUGAAAGACGGGAUGAGAGGCGUGAGGAAAGAGCUCCACAGCAGAGGCCCAAGUUAAAUCUAAAGCCCCGCAGCGUGCCCAAGGACGAAGAAGGUAGCGGUGCUGGCGGCGGAGGAUCUUCCCCUGCCCCUGCACCGACCUCGAGCAGCAGGGCCUCCUCCAUCUUUGGUGCUGCCAAACCAGUUGACACGGCAGCCAAGGAACGGGAGGUCGAAGAGAGGUUGAAAAAACAGGAAGAGAGGCUGCAGAGGCAGCUGGAAGAGGACAAGGGCCGGGGCCCUGACAGAAAGAUACGAGACAAAGAUCCAAGCUGGCGACAUGAGGAAAGUCACACUGAGCGAUCUCGUACAGGAAGUGAGUCCUCCCAGCCAGGAAGUGGCUCUGCAAGAGGGUCACGGUGUCGAGACAGCGAGCGUUCCGGGGAGAAUGAGGUUUUCAGUGGGAAGGAUGACGAGUCCUCUUCCCCUGCACCCUCCUCACAGCCUGCCCCCAUCAAGGAGCCGCUGAAGGUGAUGCCUGCACCUCCCCCCAAGGAGAACGCUUGGGCCAAGAGAAGUGCGGCCACCAUCAGCUCUGCUGAAACCGAUGGGCGGUCCCCUGUCUCCCCUGUUGGUUCAGCCUCUCCAAAGUUCAGCUCCUCAAAUUCUGCAGAUGAAAGAGGAUCUGGAAAGGAUGAGAACAAAGCUGAUGGUGUUCAUCGGGACCGGGGCCCCCCACGGGCUCGAGGUGAGCCUGCGGGGCCUGCAGCAGGGCGAGGAGAGGGUUCCAACAGAGACCGAAGAAAGGAGGCAGACAGAAAGGAUAACAGAAGAGACCGAGACACCAGACCACCGCCAGACCCAAAGAAAUACGACGAAACCCCAACCCCUAAGUUCAGCUCAGCCAGUAAAUACGCUGCUCUGCUAAUGGAUGGAGAUGGCGACGACGCUGGGGAUGUGGAGUAGAGAAGACGGCGAAGAAGAGGAGCAAAUGAACAGAGAAUAAUAAUUUCAGUUUAUAUUCUCUUCAUGUGGAAGUAGCCCCAAGGAGGACAAUCACCCCUUCCUCCCUCCUUCAAACCUGUUCUUUCCCUUCAUCUCCCUUCCCUCUCUUCCCCUCUCCCUCCUCUGCCCCACUCUGAGGACUCUUUCAAGGUCUACACAAUAGUCAUCUACUGGACUUGUUUUAAUUGGGGGGUGGGGAGUGUUUAGCUCAUAAAAAGUGAUGGAUAAAUUUGAAAAAUUGUAAUAAAUAAAUGGGAAAAGUGGGGGGGAAAGAAUUUGUACAUUUGUGGAUCAAAGGUGUGGUGGAUUGAUCCUGUAUGAGGUAGCUAUGGCAACACAAUACUUUUAAAUCUGAAUCAAUUGUUCACAUGACUUGCAUACCUCUUAUAAGGCAACUUCUUUUCAAUAAUUUUAUUAGUCAUUUGAAAGUCAUCCUUGAACGCUUCUCUCUCUAAAUUUAAAUCACUAAUCUUGUCUUCCAGUAUUGUCUUUGAUUCCGAAGCUAACCCAUGGAACAUGUUCCUCGUCGUGUCCACUGUGCAAAAUCUUUUGACAUGAUUUACUACACUCUGAAUGACACCAAACAGCCGCCUCACGACUCACCUUGAGUCAUUCAAGUGCCAUUAUUGUUCUCCCCUUAUCAUUGUACAGACUUUAUUCUCUUUCUAAACCUUCUGAUGAAAUCAUCGCUUCAAUUACUCAUCUGCUGUCCUUUCUGGCCGUCUUCCCGUCCUCCACUGCUGCCUGCAAAUCCUUCUCUUUCUCAUGUGAGGACCGCAGUGUGGGAGGUUAUCAUGACAUUACCUUUUUUCCCGCUUGCAAUAAAAGGGGUGUCAUUAAGUACACAGUA